AUGGAAAUGGACUUCUACGACAUCGCCAUGCGGGCCCCAUCCGCCGAGCACUGCUGCUCAGUGAACCCGUGGAAGUCCCGCCUGGCUCUCAACUUCAAGAACAUCCCCCACACCACCAAAUGGGUUCCCCUCCCCGAGAUCCCCAAGUUCCGCCGUGAGAAGCUCGGCAUGGAACCCUGCCGCAAGCACGCCAACGGCUCCGACUUCUUCACCCUCCCUGUCCUGGUCGACCACGCCACGGGGGCCAAGGUGGGCGACUCGUUCGACAUCGCCCUCUACCUGCAGAAGACGUACCCGGACUCGGGCGACGGGGACCUCUUCCCGCCCCAGAAGCUCGGCUUCUACUUCGACCCUGUCCUCCCGUCCUGGGCGCCGCCGCUGUCGGUGCGGAACGACAGAGAGCAGGAGGAGUACGCCAGCUUCAACACGCACGUCGACGCGGCAUUCUCGACCUACGCGGGUCUCAUGGGGUACACCAUGCCCGUGGACUCGGAGGCCACCCGCGAUGAGUUCGUCCGCCGCGCUGGGGCCAAGUCCUGGGACGACUUCGAGGUCAAGGGCGAGGCCCGCGAGCAGAUGAUCGAGGCUUUCAAGGUCACGCUGGGCGAGCUCGCCAAGGAGUUCACAAAGAACGCCGGCGGGCCGUUUAUCCUGGGCGCGCGGGCUACGUAUGCCGAUAUCAUCGUUGGUGGGUGGCUGUACAUGGCGAGCAGGACUCUUGUGGACAGCGAGUGGCAGCAGGUCAGGAGCUGGCACGGGGGCGUCUUUGGUGAUUUGUUUGAUGGGCUGAAGAAGUAUGCCGAGGUGAAAUAG